GCCAACGAGGUUGCGCCGCGCCCACGCUACCGUUUGACUACCGGACGAUCGUGAAAUUUUAAUGAAUGUCGCGUAAAAAAACACACACAAAAAAACAAUAUAUUCACGGGAAAAACUAACAUUGGCGCUGGCAUGGCUGGUGUGGUCGGAAGGUGUGGAGACAUGUGCCCUCGACGUGAGCGGGAAUGGCGCGAGAAAGAACGACUUCUGGACCCCUUCGAGAUAGUUCCCGGCACCGAAAAACAAGCACGACCGAAAGCUGAUCGAGAUAGGGCCGUCAAGCAGUUUGCAAGGUCAGCGGCUGGGCAGAGACAGGCCAGUCCUGAUGAACUGAGGCCACCCGACGUUCUCCUGAGAACCACAUCGUACCUUCUACGCACGAUUGUGCCAUCCAAGGAAGCCAGCUGGAGCAGCAUCUACCACUUCGUCUGGGAUCGCCUGUGGUCGGUGCGUCAGGACAUGACCGUGCAGGGCAUUCGUGGGACAACGUGUAUCACUGUCCUCGAGCAGGCAGUCCGCUUCUACGUCUAUGCCUCUUUCAGGUCCUGCCAAGAAGGCCCCAACAGUGGCUUUGAUGCACACAUCAAUGGACAGCACCUGCAGGAAUGCCUCAAACGACUGCUGGUGCUUUAUUGCGAGAUGGAUUGGAAGACACACCCUCACCAGCCGGAGAUGGAGGCCAUCUACCUUUUGCACAACCUGGGAUCGGCCGAGGCCUUGGCGCACGCCGUUAGUCUCCCACGAUGUUUGCGGGCUGUUGCCGAAGCUGUGAGCAUCUUCAAUCAGGGUCAAAAGAAGACCAACGAGAGUGUGGUGGCGAGCCUGGGCUACACCGUUGGCAGUGCUCUCAUCAGGAGGAGCAUCGAGAAGGAUGGCGGGAGACUCCACAAGGCCAACACGGUGUUCUUGGACAGUGACAGCAUGAAGAAGCAGCUCCCCACAAGGCACAGGGCAGACACAGCGCAAGACUACAGUCCCGGGCUUCUUUCAGGACAAGCCAGCCUCGCCUGAGCCAGCAUUUUUGAUGCCAACUCCCCAAAAAAGCUCUUCUUUGGGCUAAAAAUCCUCUGCUUAUUGGGCUGCUUUUUCGGCACGUAUCUACCCGCUUGUCCACAGUUCAAACCAGACAGAUUCUGUCUGUCUGAGGUUGAAACAUCCAGACUUAUGCAUGUUCAAACUUUAAAGUCGAUUUUCUCAGCUUAAUUUUUUUCACCAUAUGCUCCAGCCUUACGGGCUUUAUUUGAUAAACUUCUACUAUUUUUAAUAGGAAAGUGUUUUAUAACCCCGUAAGAAAUGAGCUAAUUAGUAUUAAUUAUGUUCGUAACCUUUCGCAAAAGACAGAUAUUCAAAAUCCGAUUGCAUUUCUGAAAUCAGCAGAACAAACCACAUAACCAUGCCAAAUACCAAGGAGAGAAGCCAAUAAAUAAAUAAAAAAGUUUAAGAAGGCACCAACAGUGCAAAUUUGUCAUGGAGAUUAUAUUUAUCAUUUGACUAAGUGUCGAGAAUAUUGAAACUGGCUUCCCUUUUGCAUAUAUCGUGACCACAAUACACAUAGUGGGUCUAUCGAUGCAGUUUUUUGCUGCACCGAUUGUACAAAUGUACAAGUGCGACUUCUACAGAAGUGGGAUUUAUCGACCAACUUUAUUGUGAAAACGGGUGUUUAUAAGGGUGCGACUUAUAGACCAUAAAAUAUGGUAAUUUAUGUGAACUGAUGCAGGCAUGUCAAAUUUGAAACUUUCAACUCUCUUGUCAUUUGAGAUGGGAAGGAGGAGGAGGGAGGGGGUGUUAUCCCCCUCUGCCUCCAAAAUUUUUUGUUGGUGCUGUGAACAGGGGAUUUGGUAAAAACAACUGGUGACUCCAUCUUUAAUUUUUCUCAACUUUCUCUCACAGUUUUAAGUUUUGAUCACGAGGUCCUGUGGAUUUUGUAUGCAGACGUGAACAAAUGGCUCUACUGUUGCUUUGUUUACUGGGUGCAGCUACAGGCCCUUGCCCAACCUUGACGAUGUAAAAAUAACCACGGGCAUUCAUUUCUGACUUGUUCAAAAGUUUUGCAGCACCUGGCAACUGAAACUUGAAGCUGAAAAGAGUAAAAAGUUCGAUCAGAGUUCCUAAUAUAUACUAGUAGACUUUUAACAGAGGUCCCAAAUCAUUGUUUCGAGUCAGGACGAAUCGUCCUUUUCUUUGUUCACAAGAAAAGGGGAUAGAUGGACGUAACGGAUUUGCCUGCUAAUUAAUUGAUUUUCAUUAUCAUGUAUGUUGAUUUUUGCAAAGAUAUGACAUAAGAGAUAUUCACCGCUCAUUAUAAAGUGCCUAUUUCGAAGCUACGGUCCAUGUAUAAUGUGACUGUUACAAUACUGCUUUUAUUGAAGCUCAGUAAUCUCUUUUAAAAAAGAAGUAUUUUUUACUUUAAAAGUAAAAGAAAAUAAAACCCUACAACAUCCACUUUUUAAUAAAAAUUGGCAGGAGAAAACUCCAGAUCCUUACUUGAAUCGCAGUUUGAAGAAUAAAACCCGAUUUUGACUCUCCCGAAAUAAAAAGCUUCUUGUUGUAAGUAUAAGAUUUGACUUUUGAGAUCUCUUCUUGUUUUUAUCGGACGGCUAAAAAGGUGCUUAUCCAAAAUGCUACAGAACUCUAGAAACUCAUGCAGUUUUGGUUUGAAAGCAAAUAACUGGCAGAUAAAACGAUCUUGCAGCAGUCUGUCAAGUGGUUUAUAAAAUUAAUUAGUUUAAUCUGAAGAUGUGGUCAUUUCACUUGCCUCCCGUGGCCUGGACUGGUGCACAACAGAUCAGCUUCCCAACUCUGUGCUUUGUCCCAAUUUCCGUAACAUUAACCCUUUGAUGGCUGAGUUCUUUUCCCCAGUGGUUGGUAAAGAAAAGGUGAAUGCACAGGUUUCAUUCGGCUUCAUUUUGGCGCGUUCGCUUCUGCGAGAUUCCGGCAGUUUCAAAUUCUGAACCGGAGGUACUUUACAGAGCUUCUCCAUCGGAUGGUGAGCUCUCAUCAUCUGAAUUUUAUUCUGAGAAGCGUUACAAGUCUGAACCGGAAGAGCAGGCGCUCCUGUUGCCACUACCGCCAGACCAGCCGACAUACAAAGCCACCAUCUCGCACGUAUCACAUCCAUGGAGCAUCUAAACUAUAAAUAGCCCUAGGAAGCAAAACAUCAUGCAAUUAUGAUGAUUAUAGUUUACCUAAAGCAUAACAAAUAGCAACACCUCCCAUGGUGCAUGUGGUUUCACAUAUAGGUAGGCACUUUCAAAUGUGUGAUUGCCGUCUUACCUGUAUAGCGACGACCGUCAAACGGUUAUAGAUUUGUGAACUAAUCAAAAUUUGCCCUUGAGGACAAACCUAGUUCGUCAUUGCUCUUGUGC